AUGGAAAAAGACAAAAAAGAAGCAGAAAAGCACAUGGCUGAAUUGAAAAAGGAAGAGCAAGACAUUACGGAGAGUAUCAACAAAAUGAGAGACAACCUUGAGCAGAUCACAGCUGAAAUACUACAACAGAGAGAUGAUGUAGACAGGGCAAUUGGAGAAUUAAACAUCAAAAAGAAUGAACUGCAAGUAAGCUCUAUAGAGGUGAAUAAACAGAGACAUGAGAUGUCAAAUGAAAAGAUCAGGAUGGAACAAGACAAACAAAACAUUCAAGGUGAAAAGUCUGAACUGGAACGGAUCAAGACUGAGUUACAAGAAAGGUCGGACAGUCUAGAUCAACUCAUGGACAUGACAAAACGAGAAAAGGAGGGCCUUGAAGUGAUUUAUGGCCAGAUUCAGAAGGAAAGAGAGGAUAUUACAAAACAAACGGAAGAUGUCAAGAAUACAACACAGGUUCUUGAGGCAAUGAAAGCUGAAGUUGAGUCAGAGAAACAAGGAAUUGAAAACAUCAAGAAGAUGCUGUCAGAUGAAAGAGAUGACCUAAAACAGAUGAAGAUUGAGUUGGAAAGCCAAAACCUAGACAUUGACAACACCAAGGGUAGGAUUAGACUGGCAAUGGAUGAGCUGGAAGAGACGAAGGCUAAAAUGGAAAAAGACAAAAAAGAAGCAGAAAAGCACAUGGCUGAAUUGAAAAAGGAAGAGCAAGACAUUAAGGAGAGUAUCAACAAAAUGAGAGACAACCUUGAGCAGAUCACAGCUGAAAUACUACAACAGAGAGAUGAUGUAGACAGGGCAAUUGGAGAAUUAAACAUAAAAAAGAAUGAACUGCAAGUAAGCUCUAUAGAGGUGAAUAAACAGAGACAUGAGAUGUCAAAUGAAAAGAUCAGGAUGGAACAAGACAAACAAAACAUUCAAGGUGAAAAGGCUGAACUGGAACGGAUCAAGACUGAGUUACAAGAAAGGUCGGACAAUCUAGAUCAACUCAUGGACAUGACAAAACGAGAAAAGGAGGGCCUUGAAGUGAUUUCUGGCCAGAUUCAGAAGGAAAGAGAGGAUAUUACAAAACAAACGGAAGAUGUCAAGAAUACAACACAGGUUCUUGAGGCAAUGAAAGCUGAAGUUGAGUCAGAGAAACUAGGAAUUGAAAACAUCAAGAAGAUGCUGUCAGAUGAAAGAGAUGACCUAAAACAGAUGAAGAUUGAGUUGGAAAGCCAAAACCUAGACAUUGAUAACACCAAGGGUAGGAUUAGACUGGCAAUGGAUGAGCUGGAAGAGACGAAGGCUGAAAUGGAAAAAGAGAAAAAAGAAGCAGAAAAGCACAUGACUGAAUUGAAAAAGGAAGAGCAAGACAUUAAGGAGAGUAUCAACAAGAUGAGAGACAACCUUGAGCAGAUCACAGCUGAAAUACAACAACAGAGAGAUGAUGUAGACAGGGCAAUGGGAGAAUUAAACAUCAAAAAGAAUGAACUGCAAGUAAGCUCUAUAGAGGUGAAUAAACAGAGACAUGAGAUGUCAAAUGAAAAGAUCAGGAUGGAACAAGACAAACAAAACAUUCAAGGUGAAAAGGCUGAACUGGAACGGAUCAAGACUGAGUUACAAGAAAGGUCGGACAGUCUAGAUCAACUCAUGGACAUGACAAAACGAGAAAAGGAGGGCCUUGAAGUGAUUUCUGGCCAGAUUCAGAAGGAAAGAGAGGAUAUUACAAAACAAACGGAAGAUGUCAAGAAUACAACACAGGUUCUUGAGGCAAUGAAAGCUGAAGUUGAGUCAGAGAAACAAGGAAUUGAAAACAUCAAGAAGAUGCUGUCAGAUGAAAGAGAUGACCUAAAACAGAUGAAGAUUGAG